UUUUUUUUUUAAAAAAAUAUCGUUCAUAUCGUUCAUUUUUAUUGAUUAAAAAUGGCUAACACAAAUGAUAUUAAUAUUUAUGGCAAUACACAUGGAGAUUAUGAAGGAAGCCAAGAAAUUAUAAGACCAAUUUCAGCAUUAAGUUCAGAACCUUCCUUAAAACCACGAAAUGAUUCAUUAUUAGGUGUAUUUUAUGGUAUUGGAAUGAAUGUAAAUAAUGUUAUUGGAUCAGGUAUCGUUACUGCACCAGGAAUUGUUUGGAAUGCUGUAAAAUCUCCUGGAAUAGUAUUAUUAUUAUGGUUAAUCGGUGGAAUAGUAAGUAUGGCAGGUUCAUUAACAUAUGUUGAACUUGGAGCUAUUCAUAAAAUAAGUGGAGGCGAGACGAAAUAUUUACAAACUGCUUAUCCAAAUCCAAAACUUUUAAUGAGUUAUCUUUUCAGUUUUAUGUUUGUCCUUGUAAUUAGACCAGGACUUAUAUGCGCUGUUAUACAAAUUGGUGCGCAGUACUUUUGGUAUACUAUAAAAGGACGUCGAUUUUCUGAUGAUAUUGAUCCAAAAUUAAGUGGAUGGAAUCUACAAUUUUCUCCAUUUUGGUUUAUAAAACUUUUAGCAAUCGUACUGUUAUUUAUCAUAACAGUUUAUCAUAUGCUUAGUAACAGAUGGGCAGCUAUGAUAAAUCAGAGUCUCGCUAUUAUAAAAUUGAUUACUUAUUCAAUAAUUGCUCUAGCUGGAUUAUAUAAAUUAUGUCAAAAUACAGAAACGAGUCGUAAAAAUUGGCAAACGCCGUUAAGUGGAGAUACAGAUAUUGCAACAUAUUCAUCUACUACUAUUUUAUCGAUUAUGUUCACAUAUAAUGGAUGGAAUAACUUGAAUUAUUCUUUGGAUGAGUUCAGGAACCCAGAAAAGAAAUUGAUUCUCAGCAAUAGUAUUAGUGUCGCAAUUGUUACAGUAAUGUAUCUUCUUGUAAAUGUUGCAUUUAUUUCGGUCGUACCACAAGAACUUAUAAUAAACAAUAGUAAGAUAGAUGAAACCAUAGCUGCAGAAUUUUUUAGACAAUUAUUCGGAGGCAACGAAACGAUUGCUAGAUUUUUUACCUUCCUUGUUGUACUUUCUGUAAUGGGUACCGCUGCAGUAGAUGUAUGGAGUGGAUCAAGAGUUAUUGUCGCAGCGGCAAAAUCAGAUUUUUUCCCAAAAUAUUCACGAGAAUUAAGAAAUUGGAAUGAACGUUUUAAUACACCUAUCAAUGCUUUAUUAGCACAAUUCAUUUGGUGUUCAAUCCUUAUGAUAUUCGUUGGUGGUAGUUUUUCAAUUUCAAGUUUUGUAUUAUUUUCAAAUUUUGCCAGUUACAGUUAUUGGAUAUUUUAUCUUGCUACUGGUAUAGGUUUAUUGUUAAUUCGAAAGAGAAGUAAAAAUUACAAAAUGAAAAGACAACUUGAAAAGGAUGAUGAAGAACUUAACAGAAGUAAUGAUAGGGGUACUAAUAGCAGUAAUCUCAAAUUAUUAUCAAGAUUAGAAGAAAAAUUCUUUAAAGUACCAUUACCUGUAGCAGGAAUUUUUAUUCUAGGAGGAGUUUUUAUAUUAAUAUUCUCUUUUAUUGUCAAUGUAAAAUGUCCUGAUGAUAAACCUAAUUGUGGUGAAGACGUUUUGGGUCCUUUGAGGGCACAAAAAUUAUCACCAAUUGUGCUCAGUUACGGUUUCUUAUUUGUUGCAUUAUUAUCUUGGUAUUUCUUUUAUUAUUGGUGGGAUACUAAGAAGAAGCAACAGGAAGCCGCUGUUAUGAGAAUAGCUGCUGAUCAUGAUAGUAUGGAUAGUCAAAUCAAUUCAUAAUUAAAUUAUUUUAUUUUAUUUGUUUAUUAUUAUUAUAAAUAUAAUACUUUAUUAUAUAUAUAUAUAUA